AUGGAGACGGAGAGGGAGAAGCAGGAGGAAGGACUGGCGCUGCGCAUCAAACACUGGGUGACGGCCCACUACCACCGCCACCAACCAGCGGAUGCCGUCCGGACUCUCGUUGAGCUCCUCCGACUAGGCCGUGAAGAAGAAGUCGAAGGCGUGGCAGAGGGGUGGCGGCCGACCAUCGAGCAGCUCUUCUGGUGGACCUUCGUAAGCCAAGGCCCGCACGCUGCCCUCGCCUUUCUCGACGGUGCUGAGGUGGUGACCGAAGCUCCAGCUCCGGCUGUGUUCGUCGUGGCGGCGAGCUGCCUGGUCGGCCACGACUCUAUGCUCGGCGCAGCUGCUGCGCGGAUGCCUGAGAACUUCUGGAAAAGGAAGUUGGUACUAUCGAGGGCCAGCCGCGCACUCGAGCUGGCCUCCAACCCCGCUGCCGCCGCCGCCGCCGCCGCCAGUUCGACGGCGAUGAUGGCCAAGGUCGCUGUUCUUCUGCUCCGCGGCGGUGACUUGCUGUUGGAGGCUCUGCAAUGGCACAGCGUUGGAAUUGGUAGGACAUGA